AUUAAUACGGCGGUAUUUUCAUGUACUCCUCCGGGAAGUGAAUCGUCGGAGUCAAAAUGGUGCAGGGUCGGAGCAAGUUAGCUGAAAAGGCUGAUGGCGGUUAACGACAAAAACGGAACCGCUGAAUACUAAAGUCCCUGAAGCAACAGCAUCUAGGCUAACAGGGGAGAAAACGUGCCACAGUCUGGAAGGCGGUUAGGUGGUGUGAGUUUUAUCUGUUCUUCUUUAAAGCGCCGUGGAGCUCUACAGCCAGCGGCUCCGGUAGCAUGCUAACAUGUUGAGUCACGGGUGUAUGUAUCCCGCCAGCUGCGGUCGAAAACGGUCCAUUAAUGCCGUGCAGGAGCCGUGACCCAAUGACACGAAGGAGCCAACAGUGUGUUUAACUAAAAUCUAUUUAAAUGUAGGGAUUUUUAUAUCGAAAACACAGUCUCUUGAUAAUCCGACGCCGUCUUGUUUGUGUUUCCCAUAGCAAUGUUAGCAGAGAAGCUAACCGACCAGCUAGCAUGACUCGUGGAGCUAAAGUUUUUAUUUCGUGUUAGCUCGUCUUAAAAUCUAUCCCGUCAGGUGUGUAUUAGAGCUCCUCGUCACCAACUUUACAGGUGGUGAUGGCGGAGCGGGGGCUGGAGUGUACGUGGAAGACACACAUCUCGGAGCAGCUGAAGCUCAGAGACAGAGUGCAGAGGCACGCCUUCGAGGAGAUCAUCCACCAGUACAACCGUCUGCUGGAGAAGUCAGACCUGCGGACUGUGCUGUCAGAGAGAUACCAGGCUGAGAAGUAUGACAUCCAGAGAGGACACGAGGCAAGUUCCGGUGCAGACUCGAGUCGCAGCGAUGCUCUGCAGCAGGAAAUGGCACAGAUGAGAAUCAAACACCAGGAGGAGUUGACAGAGCUGCACAAGAAACGAGGAGAGCUGGCGCAGAGUGUGAUCGAACUGAACAACCAGAUUCAGCAGAAAGACAAAGAGAUCCAGAGCAACGAGGCCAAGAUACUGGAGUACCAACAGCAGAUCACCAGUCUGGAGGGAGACUGUCGAGACCUGAGGAGCUACCUGCAGGACCUGGAGAGGGCCAAUCAGACCCUGAAGGACGAGUAUGACGCCCUGCAGAUCACCUUUUCUGCUCUGGAAGAGAAACUGAGGAAAACCACAGAGGACAACCAGGAGCUGGUGUCUCGGUGGAUGGCAGAGAAAGCUCAGGAGGCCAACAGGCUGAACGCUGAGAACGAGAAGGACAGCAGGCGCAGGCAGGCCAAACUGCAGAAGGACCUGGCAGACGCUGCCAAAGAGCCUCUGCCCAUAGAGCCGGAUGAUGACAUCGAGGUUCUGGCAGAGGAUGCAGGGAAGGGGGGAGGAGAGACCUCACCAAACAGACCACUCAGCAGAACUCCCAGUAAGAAAAUCUCUCAGCCGCCUCCUGGUGGUCUGCUGGAUUCCAUCUCCAACAUGUUUGGUAGGCGUCGAAGUGCCAGCUCCUUCAGCACUUCACCUGAAAACACUGAGGCUCCGUCAGGAGUGUGUGCAGAGGUUCGAGUCCCAUCCACAGCUCUGCAUGUGUUUGAAGCCCAUGACGGUGAGGUGAAUGCAGUGAAGUUCAGCCCUGGCUCUCGACUUCUGGCCACAGGAGGGACGGACCGCAGGGUGAAGCUGUGGGAGGUCAUUGCAGGUCAUUGUGAACCUAAAGGUGCUCUGACCGGCAGCAACGCUGGAAUCACCAGCAUCGAUUUUGACAGUGCUGGUUCGUACCUGCUGGCUGCCUCCAAUGACUUUGCCAGUCGUAUCUGGACUGUAGACGACUACAGACUGAGGCACACCCUGACAGGUCACAGUGGGAAGGUGCUGUCAGCUCGCUUUCUAUUGGACAAUGCUCGAAUCGUCUCUGGAAGCUACGACCGGACGCUCAAACUGUGGGACCUCCGCAGCAAAGUUUGCAUGAAGACGGUGUUUGCUGGUUCCAGCUGUAACGACAUUGUGUGUACAGAACAGUGUGUCAUGAGCGGGCACUUUGAUAAGAAAGUUCGAUUCUGGGACAUCAGAGCGGAGAGUAUAGUGCAGGAGCUGGAGCUGCUGGGCAGGGUGACGUCUCUGGACCUGAAUCAUGACCGCACUGAGUUGCUCACCUGCUCCAGAGAUGACCUGAUCAAGAUCAUCGACCUGCGUUCCAACGCUGUCAGACAGACGUUCAGCGCUCAGGGUUUCAAGUGUGGAGCUGACUGGACAAGAGUCACUUUCAGUCCUGAUGGUAGCUACGUGGCGGGAGGGUCAGCUGAUGGAGUUCUGUACAUCUGGAACGUCCUGACGGGGAAGGUGGACAGAGCUCUGGACCGAAACCACAACUCUGCCAUCAACUCGGUGUCCUGGUCUUCUUCAGGAGCAUACGUGGCCAGCGUGGAGAAAGGCAGUAAGGCCAUCCUGUGGUCUGACAUGUGAAUGGCUGACUCUGAUGGAGACAGAGACUCUGACCAGUGUCAGCAGCUGGACGAUGAAAAGUUUGAAGUCUUCAUUAAACGGUUCAUGUUGCCCGACUGAGAUGGUGAGUGAGGACCAGUCAGGAGGACAAGCUGCUGCUGUUUGAUCUGCCUUCUUGUUGAACAUAAAAACAGCUUGAAUCAUGUUUACCUUGAUCUGUUUGGUUCAGAAGCUUUUAAUGUUCUUCGGUGUUGUUUGAAUCCUCCGACAGUAAAACAGAAAUGCCCUCACUCAGUUUACUAUGACCCCUCAUCAGCUGAUAUUUAAUGAAGUCUUUAUUAACGGUUUGUGGAGAACAGGACAUCUGCUGCUCAGAGACCAGCACUUCACACCAGCUGCCCUCAUCUUGUGUUUGUGCAUCAUCAGGGCCAGUUUUAUGUCCGGGGGGUGAUGCCAUUGUCUGGUCCUCACGUCUUCACAGGGUAUUUGAGGUUUCACACUUAGUUUUAGGGUUCAGGGUAGAAUCAGGUUUGCGUUAAGCUGCAUUCAGACUGAGUUUCAAAGGUGAGGAAAAUGCAGUUCUCGCCAUUCAUUUCAAUGGGGCAGUGCGUUCACUGUUCACCGCAGCCAGCAGCAGCACUGCAGGGGGCUCCGGCAAAACAACAGCACCCCAUGCGGUGAAAAAGUUAGAUCUGGUUCAGCUUUCACCACACUGGACAAUAACAUCUAGCAAAGGCGCUGCAUUGACCAAUCAUGUACAGGGGACAAUCGGGGGACGUGGACGCCAGCAAGAAGAAGACUUUUUUAUUUACCUUGUUGGCAUGAGCAUUCACUGCUAGUCACUGUCAAGUUUGGGCCAGAAUUAACACACCAUAAUGACACGCGAUGUAUUUUGGUUAGUAUUGGGUGUUAGACUUUUCUUUUUUUUUUUUUUCUUAUCAAUGCUGACACACCUAUCCUCGCCACUUGCCCAGCUUCUCGCUCAUCUUUUUUUAGUGCAGUGAAAUAAAUGAGAGUAGAUCCUGGUGAAGAGGAAGUCAUGGCUCAGGUCUGUUAGUGCAGUGACUCAAACUUUUUGUGCCAAAGGCACAGCAAGGGGUAAGCCAGAAUCUCAAGGCACACCUGUAUUAAUAUGCAUGAAAAAUAGCCUCUACCAUGUGCUAUUGCACCAUAAACAUUUUUAUUUUUGACAAAAUGAGUAGAGAGCAUCAAGAUGUCAUCACUCCUUGCAGACUAAACUAAAGAUGGAUGCCCUGGGGAUAAAAACUAAUUAGCAUAUAAACAGUCAAUACAAAUCAACACAGAUUAUGCACUAAAUUGGAAUAACAAACUAUAAAAUUGUAAAGAAAGUAGAUGCAUUUAGAACAAAAACUGGCUUAAGAAAACAUGUUAAAUUGGACUUAAAUUUGAAUCAGUAUUAAACCAUCCAUGCAUCAUCUAUAUCGCUUAUCCUGAAUAGGGUCAUGG